ACACAACAAAAUAGCGACAUGCUCAAGUGGACAGCAUCGACACAGCGAUUGCACGAGCUGCCUGCGCCGGAGCUGCGAGCGGCUCGACGUCAGCGCCGACAGCGACGCGCCACGAUAGCUAACAAGGAGAACGUGCCCAGUGCGGGCUACAACAGCUCGACGCCGCAGCCAUUGGCUCGGCUGAGGAACAGUCCGCUCGUGUUGGCGCCACUGAGCGACAUACGCAACUUGACGCCAGAGCCGGAGUCGGAGCAGCAGCAGCAGCAGCACGGACGCCGGGUGGUGCAGUCAGUGCGCUAUGCAGCCACGUUGCCGCGCUACGAGGAGGAGUACUCGCCCAGCCUGCCGAGCGGACAGCACUUGGCGCUGCGCGGCCUGCUGCCGCUCGAUCCGUUUCUGGAGCAGCCGCGCUACAUGGAGCAGCUGAAGAAGCGCAAGCUGGAGGCCGACUUUCUGGCCACCAUGGAGCAGCCCGUGGAGCAGCCGGCAAAGCAGGCGCGCGUCCCAGUUCAGGCAGCGCCACGCCCGGUCACGCCACAGCCCUCGACCAACAUGGGCGACCAGACGCUGGACAGGCUGAUCGAUGCUAUACUGGACUCGGCCUGCAAGCCGGAUCCCUGCAGCCAGAAGAAGAAGCCGCGCAAGUCCUUCAACCUGCGCCGGCGCACGCUGCUCAAGCAGCAGCAGCAGCCGCAGCACCAGCCGGACGCCCAAUCGAUGGUCAUAUUGCCGCCCUCGUAUGCGCCCGGCGAUGAUCCGGCCAGCGACUUGAGCUUUGCCCUGUUGCCGCUGCCCGCCACCCCGGAGCCGGUGUCGCAUAGCGUGCUGGUGCAGUUGCCGACGCCGCAGUUGCAGUUGCCCAAUCAUUCCGACACCUUUUGCCUGGCCACGCCCACGCCUGUGCGCCCAUUGAAACGGUGUCGAGAGAGGCGGGAGAGGCAGCCGGUGCCAGCGGCGAGCGUGGAGACGCCGCCCAAGCGCCUCAAGGUGGACGCGCGCAACUAUUUCGAGGUGGGCCUAGCGCUGCCCUCCAUCUAUGUCUGAGAAAGAAUGAAAGAGGGAGAGAGAGUGUGCGAGAAAGAUAGAGAGAGAGAGAGAGAGAGAGAGAGAGAGCCAACGCUGACAAACGGGGGAAAACGCUUAACUAUGACGCUUAUUUAGUUCUUAAGUUCAUAAAUUAAUUUUUUUUUUAAAUCUAACUUCAGCUUUGUACAUAAAUUAGAACAUAAGGUAAUUUUUUUGACACUGCUGUUAUGUAGUUUUUGUAAAACAUUUUUUUUUUUACAUCUAUAUAUUUAUUUAUUUACA